AUGAUGCAGCCACCUUUGAUAGAGCAGACGGUAGGUGAGCACUUUGCAUCUAUAGUGCGAAAAUUCGGAGAUCGCACUGCAGUUGUUGCUCGCCAUCAGAAAGGUCGCUUUACUUACGACGAGCUUGAUCGCAAGAGCAAUGCACUAGCCCGUGGUCUUCAAUCCAUAUCUGUACAGAAAGGUGACCGCGUAGCGGUCAUGUUAGGAAACUCACUCGAGUAUGCUUCAUUGACAUACGCACUCUUCAAACUGGGAGCAAUUCUGGUUCCACUCAACCCCUCCUUCAACGCAGCUCAAGUUGUCUCCGCAUUGAGUCAUCUGGGAGCAAGUCACUUGAUAAUAAGCGCCGAAGCAAAUCUACCUCGUCGUGAGCCGCGCGACAACACGCCUCUCAUCAGACAUGUUGUCCCUGAUCUUGACACUGUGUUGCACGUUUCAUCAGAGUUGAUUCCAUCUCUCAAACAAGUCGUAGUCGUCGACAACUCGGCAGGUCGAUAUGACGGCUCUUCAUAUAGGGCUCUCACGUCCUUUUCGUCUAUAGUAUCCGAUCUACGUGCAGAUGAAGAGGCAUUACCGAACCAAGGGCUGUCUCCCCACGAUGUGGUCAAUAUACAGUUUACUUCUGGAACGACAUCUAUGCCGAAAGCAGCCUGCCUGACUCAUCGAUCAAUACUCAACAACGGCGCUCAGAUUGGCGAUCGGAUGCUUCUCACAGAGAACGAUAUUGUCUGCUGUCCGCCACCGCUAUUUCACUGCUUUGGAUGCAUCUUGGGAUAUAUGGCCACGGCGACACAUGGAUCAGCCAUUGUAUUUCCCUCGGAAUCUUUCAAUGGCUUAGCAUCACUUCAAGCUGUGAGAGAGGAGCGUUGCACGGCUCUCUACGGGGUCCCGACUAUGUUCAUCGAAGAACUAGGACUUCUCGAAAGAGGAGAAAUCCCAUCCGAUGGAUUUCAAUACCUGCGUACCGGUAUCGCAGCAGGGAGCAGUAUCCCAGCCGAGCUUAUGCGGAAGUUGCACAAGACAUUGAAUCUGACGGAGCUUACCAUAUGCUACGGAAUGACAGAGACGAGUCCAGUGUCUGCUAUGACGACUACAGAUGAUCCCAUCGAUAAGCGGAUCGCGACUGUCGGCCGACUAAUGCCGCAUGUUGAAGCCAAGGUCGUAGAUCCAGUCGACCGCAGCAAGACACUACCAAUCGAGACAAAGGGGGAGCUAGCGGUGAGCGGUUAUCUCCUGAUGAAAGAAUACUGGGAUGCGCCAGACAAGACAGCAGAAGUCAUGCUUGCGGACGAAGAGGGCAAAAUCUGGAUGCACACUGGCGAUGAAGCAAGCAUGUCUGCCGACGGCUACAUAACUAUAACAGGCCGCAUCAAAGACCUAAUCAUCCGCGGAGGCGAGAAUAUUCAUCCACUAGAGGUUGAGAAUUGUCUUCUUGCUCAUCCGGCUGUGAAGGAGGUCUCUGUCGUAGGUGUCCCAGAUGAAAAGUAUGGUGAAAUCGUGGGUGCUUUUGUGGUUCUUUCCCCCAAGACCAAAUCAUCAGAUCAGGAGAAGCAGCAAGACAUUCUCAAGGAAGACCUAAGGACAUGGGUAAGGGAGAAAUUAAGCAGUCAUUUAGUGCCGAAAUUCGUCUUCUUUCUCGCGAGUUCAGAUAUGUUUCCGAAAACAGCCAGUGGGAAAAUACAAAAGUUCAAGCUCAAGGAGCUUGCGAUCAAAAUGUUGAAGGAGAACCAAUAG